GCGUCGGGGUUUGGCUGCUCGGUUUCCUCGAGCUCCCAUUUAACAGCAACAAAGAAGCACGACUGACAAUCGCUUGUUCGGAACACCGCUGGAGUAGCAUCGUGCCCUUAACGGCGAAGAGGAGAAGCCUCGUUUUUUUAUUAUUACUUUUCAUUUGACAAACACCCCCCCGCAAAAAGUGACGUUUUGAGACAAGUUGAGUUUCUUCCGUGCGGAUUGACGGCAGCCUCUUUUCUUCCAAAGACAUUUUGGGCAUGCAAACCAAUUACAUUCAUUUUUCAUUCGUAGUUUCCUCUUCCCUCAUUGACGUGUACUUCACCUCAGUAAAGGAUUCCCACUUCAGCUGGGCCGCAUUGAUGAGGUAACGUCAAGCUGUGUUCAGGGCAGCACCCACCUGCACGAACACCACCCUCCCCUUCACCCCCACCCCCAUCCCUCCCUUCUGCCACCUGUUCCAUAUCAGCCAUGGGCCAGAAGAUAUCCGGCGGGAUUAAAUCUGUGGACGGCCGCGGGGAAAGCGGUGGAUCGCCAUCCUACCGGCCCUCGGCUGAUCGCAGGCAGCACCCGGAGUUGCGGGGCCCGGACUUCUCCAAACCUCCCAGGCUGGAUCUGCUUCUGGACAUGCCUUGCGCUAACCUGGAGACCCAACUUCGUCAUGCGUGGAAUGCUGAUGACCGGUCCCUGAACAUUUUUAUCAAAGAGGAGGAUAAACUGACAUUUCACCGCCACCCGGUCGCUCAGAGCACGGACUGCAUCCGAGGGCGUGUCGGUUAUACAAGGGGUCUUCAUGUCUGGAGGAUUCACUGGCCCUCCCGGCAGCGUGGAACCCACGCAGUAGUCGGGGUGGCCACGUCUGAAGCGCCUUUACAUUCUGUCGGGUACACCGCCUUGGUGGGGUCGGACUGUGAGUCUUGGGGCUGGGACCUGGGACGUAACCGCCUCUACCACGAUAGCAAGAACCGGGCCCACAGCUCGCUCCCGUCUUACCCUUCUUUCCUGGAGCCGGAGGAGGCUUUCACUCUACCGGACUCUCUGCUGGUCAUUCUAGACAUGGACGAAGGGACGCUGAGCUUCAUGGUGGAGGGACAGUAUUUAGGAGUGGCGUUUCGAGGGUUGAAGGGGAAGAAACUGCAUCCCAUUGUCAGCGCUGUGUGGGGCCAUUGCGAAAUAUCCAUGAAGUACAUCAAUGGACUUGACCCCGAGCCACUCCCACUGACAGACCUAUGUCGCCGCGCCGCCCGCCUGGCGCUAGGUCGCGACCGCCUUCAGGAGAUCGAGAGCCUCCCUCUGCCCGAGUCCCUCAAAAAUUACCUCCAGUACCAGUGAGUGACUCCGGCAGAAUCCACCGGCACCAGAAGGACACACACAGCCUAGCAGCAGGCAAAACCAGGAUGAGGAGGGUGGUCGCAAGCUAGUGAACUCCAAGUGGACUCACUGACACGUGAGGAGAGCAGUGUCUGGAGCUGCUUUUCUUUCAUUUUGGACUUGAAAUAAAUUAUUGACACGGUGGAGCGUAUGGGAAGGUGGUUGUAGGCGAGCGUCGCCACCUAGUGAUGAGAAUGGAAACUGUGCAGAGAAAAAGCACACUAAUCCUACCCUGGAGGCCUUCUUGACGAGUCAGCGAGCAGUGACGCGCGCGACGAGAGGAAUCGGAGCACAAAUGUUUUCUAAUCUCAGUGACCAAAAAAGAUCUCUUUGGGUUCAAGACGUCAACGUGUCGCUCGGAUCUGCGUUGAAGCCCCUUUCCAGACACGGCUGGUGUGACGUAGCUAAGACUUUUUCCCUUUUAACAUUGAAAAGCAUUUAAACACAGUGAAGAGAGAAGUCAUAGGUUUUUUUUUUUUUUUUUUUUUAACUUAUUUGCCACCAAGUCUUAAGCCUUUUAGAAGGUGUAUUAUUUUAAUAGUUCAUCUAAAUAAAGAAAAUAACAUUGAAUUAAAAAAAUGCAUUAUUAAAGUAUUAAAUGAGUUGAAACGGCCCACUGGUCUCAUUAUUACGUUUUGUUUUAGGUUCUUUAUAAAAAGUGACAUUUGAUAUGUUUUGAAACAUUUUAUGAGUGUUAAGAGGAGUAAUGGGGCCACACUGAAAAGAAAAAAAAAGGUAAAAUUAUGAGAGGUUUAAAAAUAGUUUUGGGAGAGAUUUCUUUUGUAAACAGUACAUAUUAUAUGGUAAAUAUUAAUAGUGCAUUGAUGUCCAGUCAUCCAUUUUCUACAGCGAUUGUCCUUUUUUGGGUUGUGGCUGAGCUGCAGCCAGAGAGCUUUUCUUGUCAUAUUGUACUGUAUUACGGAUAUGACUAUUUUCAUAUGGCAAAAAAUAAUGAUUUUACCAUUCUAUUCUUGUAAGAAAAAAAAUCUGUGGUUUUAGUUAACUGCUUUACUACAGGAAAAUUUGUUUGUGGACUAUAAUAUAAUCAUAGGGACUUGAUUUGCGUUGACUGUCAAUAUCACCUUCAACAAAAGGUAAUAGCAAUGUUUACUGUUCAUUAAGUCGUUUCACAAGUUAUGUCGUAAGUCAUAUACAGUUACUUCACAUUAUUUUCUGUAUGUGAAGCAGAAAUAAUACAAAUUGUGUCUGGAAUGGAUUAAUAGGAUUACUGAGAUUUCUUACUGGGAAAUAUUGCUUUUUCUGUGUAUGAUUUAGUUUUAUUUAGACCAUUAGGAAAAGAUUAAUGACAAAAACAUGGGAAAAAAUUACCAAAUGAAUCAAUAAAAAGGUAUUGCACAUAGUUAAAUACAACCAAACUGUACUUAAAUGUGCUGUAUUGGAUUUUAAAAAGUUGAAGCCAUCGUACUGCAAUGCAUAUUUUGAGUUUUUUGUUUAUUCACGUACAACUAAUAGGAAACCCACAUACCUACUGCUAGUUGUGCUCAUACCAUUCUUACAGAAUAAUUGGUGUCGCUGACCUAAACUAGGAAUGAAUGUGAAGUUUAUCUUUUUUGUCUGUGUCUCCUGCGAUACAACAGAAUAUAUUUUAGAAAAUGGAUGGCUAUACUUGUAAAAUUCAUUUUUUUUGUAAAAAGAAAAACAGUUUACAAGCUGUAAUAUUCCAAAUUUACCCUCAAAAUAUUGCUAUUUUUUCAACAAAAAAAUUUUUUCUUAUAAAAUAUAUUUUUCUCUCAAAUUAUGACUAUUCUCCUCCCAGAAUCUACUAAUUUGAUCAUUUUUCUAUUUUUUUUUCCCCCAUUGUGGCUCCAAUAAUCCUCUAUACAGGUACAUUCCAGUUGUGAUGUUCCUCUUGAACCCACCAACUUGUCUGAAAGGGGCUUAAAACGUGAACGUAAAAAUAAAUUCCUUGAUUGUCUUAAGUUGCACUGGACAGGUUGCCUAUUUUGACCAAAGUAUUCCAUGCUAGGAAGCCAUGUGGAGACACACACACACACACAUUUUUUUUUUUUUCCCUGUACUUCACGGUGGAGACCCCCAUUGCAGUGUAGUGCUAGCAUGCUCAUAAUGGCAAUACAGAUGGAGAGUAGGAAGACGUUCUGGAAGGUCCAGAAUCUUGUUUGAAUGACAACAAGCCACACUGAGCGGCUCCGCUUCAAACUUGCGCCGUAGCAGUUUAUGAUCGAGAAUGAAUGCACAUGAUCAUUAAACGCGGGCGCACACACACACACACACACACACACACACUGUAUACCAAUCAUGUUUCAUUUCUGAAAAUAAAAAAAAGACUUGAGUCACUUUUUUUUUUACAUCUUUGUAUUAUUAUUAAUAUUAUAAGUGUGGAGUUUGAUUCUGAUGUCAAUAGUUCUUUGGUGUUUUUUUUUUUCAACUAAUCAUUGAUGUUACAUUCAGGUAAAUUUAUUAAAAAGAUGCUGAUGAUGAAGGGAGGAAAGUGUAAACAUGUUUCUUCAAUGCUGCUUUUAUUAUUAUGAUUGUCGUUAUUACUAUUCUGAAACAUGAGCGUUGUGUCCUUCACGUGUAGAAUGUAUGGCGAGACGGUGCAGUUGUGAGAUAAGAAAUGUGAAUAAAUGCAAAAAGUCCAUUUGAAAAAAUGUCUGCAGGAUUUUUUUGUUUUUUUUUAAAUUUUCAUUAUUUUAUAAGCGGUUGCAGCUCACCGCAACCCGAACGAGGACAACAGAAAAUAAAAUGAUGGAGGGCUGCUGGACAGCUGUUACGAGCUUUUAAAAAGCUGCAAGAAAAAUGUGAACUGACUCCUCAAUGCAGGUUUUGUGAAGCGUUUUUGCUCCAAAUUGUCAAGUGUGCAGUUUCCUCCCGAACAACUUGUCAUCUCUAAUCGCCACUCAAGGCUGUUGAUGCUUUCCAGGCGUUGCAAAGCGAGGGC